GGCUGCAGCAAGCUAGCUGGGAAGCUCCCAGUUCUAAAGACAGGCUGUUUACCAGAAGAGCAUAACAAGGGCCGGCCGGUCUGACUGCAAGGAGACAAAACAGCUGCCAAGGAGACCCCAUUUGGACACUGGCUGUUGAGUCACCUGCGAGCCGAAGAGACGAGGAUGCUGUUGGCUUGGGUCCACACAUUUCUUCUCAGCAACAUGCUUCUGGCAGAAGCCUAUGGAUCUGGAGGCUGCUUCUGGGACAACGGCCACCUGUACCGGGAGGACCAGCCCUCGCCCGCGCCGGGUCUCCGCUGCCUCAACUGGUUGGCCGCGCAAGGCAGCCGCGAGUCGCUCUCCGAGCCCAGCCCCGGCAACCACAACUACUGCCGGAACCCGGACCAGGACCCGCGCGGGCCCUGGUGCUACAUCAGCAGCGAGACCGGCGUCCCCGAAAAGCGGCCCUGCGAGGACGUGCGUUGCCCAGAGACCACUUCCCAAGCACCACCAUCCUCUACCACGGAACUGGAAGAGAAGUCUGGUACACUAGGUGACAAAGAGGCACAGGUGUUCCCUCCUGCUAAUGCCCUGCCAGCCCGGAGUGAGGCAGCCGAGGUGCAGCCAGUGAUCGGGAUCAGUCAGCGUGUGAGGAUGAACUCCAAAGAAAAAAAAGACCUAGGAACUCUGGGCUACGUGCUGGGCAUUACUAUGAUGGUGAUCAUCCUCGCUAUUGGAGCUGGCAUUAUCGUGGGCUACACUUACAAGAGGGGGAAGGACUUGAAAGAGCAACAUGAGAAGAAAGCUUGUGAGAGGGAGAUGCAGCGGAUUACCCUGCCCCUGUCUGCCUUCACAAACCCCACCUGUGAGAUCGUGGACGAAAAGACCAUCAUUGUGCACAGCAACCAGACUCCUGCUGAUGUGCAGGAGGGCAGCACCCUCCUCACGGGCCAGGCUGGCACCCCUGGGGCCUGAGCCCCUUCAGUGGGCAGGUGCCCAUAUAAACACUGGUACAGGACAGGCCACCCUCCUGCAGUUGGGAGGAGCUACAUUUUGUGUUGUGGUUAAAACCUUAUCCCAUUUUUCUUUCGGGGGGAUGUGACUCCUCAUGACACAAGAAGAAGCAGGUAGCAUUAUGGGUGAGGGUGAGGAGGCUGAGUAGGGUCCUAUCAACACUCCUUUUCUAUCCCUUGGAGCAGGAUUUGCCUGCAGAGAGAGACUGGCACAGUAGCCACAGUGGUGCUGUGUCAAAUAAGGGCUUCCACAUUGUCUGGGCCAAGGAAAGAGGGGGCUCGCUAAAGCUCCUCUGUCUUGUAUACUGAAGAAGGUGGCCUCAGUCUCUGCCUUUCCAUUUGUCAUCCAGGAACUUGAGUGGCAUAUACUGUUAUUCCUAGUUAAGGUCAAGCAUAAAAAAACUACAUAUAUAUAUGAAUGAAAGAACUAUUUAGGAUGGAGUCCCUUCCGACUUCUAAGAACCAGAAAUGAAUUUGUAAAGAGCUAGAAUUCUGGGCUGCAAGUGGGCUCUAGAUGGGGACUGCUGAGGAUGCCCCAGCCUGCUGACAGCGAUGUGCCUUGACAACUAUGGGGUAGGCCUGGGCCCAAGGCUCUCUUCCUAUCUUGUAAGGAAAGGGAAGAAUUGCACUAAACUUUCCACUUAGGUGAAGGACCCACUUCUGCCUUCAGUCUUGUGCAGUAGACCUGAAUAUCCAGACUGUCUUUUCGGGGCUGGAUAGAGGGACCUCUCCAUUUUGUGCUGAUAUGAAAGUGACCAGCCAAUAUAUGGGAAUUACACACUUGAGGGUCUGAUGACCUACAGCUGAAAGGUGAGCCUAGAGACUAAGGCAGAGGUUAGGUAACGGGCAUGGUGGGGCUUGCGUUGUACUCCAGCCUGGCUUGCAGGCGGCCCCAAGGCCAGUUCCUUCCAUAGGGUUAAGACUAACCGGUACAAACCAAUCACUGAACCACUGGGAAAGACCUGAAGGGUUUUCCAAGACAGGGAAAGCAGCUUCUGAGUGUCCUCCCGAGAGUGCACAGCCUCCUGGCCCUGGCAGUGUCCCCAGCCAGGAGUCCUUCCACUCCCGACACUGGGAGCAGGCUUCACCAGGCUGCUCUCACGAGCCAUUUGUUGAGGGGGCCUGGAUCUCAGGGUUCCCAUGGUGGUGGUGACUGUGGGAAAGAGAACAGUACGACUUCCUACUUUCCUAUGAAAGUAUUUCUCUGUAUGUUUUAUAUACCUCAUUCUGACACCUGUGUAUGAACUAUGGCAAAUUGUUCUGCAUUUGACUUAUAUAAACACAAAACAUGAUUUUACCUUGCACGUUUUUGUGGUGAUGGGAAUG